AUGUAUCGAGUGCUAAAAUCAAUUAGCAUACUCUAUAAGAUCGCUCUGUUGUUGUGGCCAUUGUUUUGCAAAGCGGCAGAUUCAACAAUUCUCAAUGGAUCGUCUGUGUUUAGCCAAGCGCAGCUGCAGGCCUUCAAUAUAUUUGAUAGUGACCGACCCACACAGAUAACCGCACGCAGUUUUCUCUGUUUGCCCUUCUUUCGAGUGUUCAACGUGGAGCUGCGCGCCGACCUACAGCUGGCUGCCGAUGAGGAGAUCGCUGUUAGCGGCGAUCAUCCGGCUCUCGGUGCCUGGAGCAUUGCCAAGGCGCUGACCCUGCGCGCCCAGAAUAAGCAGCGCAGCAAAUGGUAUCUGCGCCGUUGGAUAUGCGCCAGCCAUCGUGUCUACUAUCGCUAUCUGAUCUAUGCGCGAACCCCGGCCGGCGAUCGUGUGCUGCGUCGCUGGGAGGGGCAACAGGUGGCGCGCAUGUUGCAGACCUACGAGAUCUACCGGUCGCCGGGCGUGGAUAUCUUUGGCGAGGCCUAUCCGCGGUCAGUGGGCGGCGGGCACUCGCUGGAGCGUGGCUGGCUGCAGCGUGAAUAUGUCAUUGAGCUGAAGUUCAUUUGGCAGCGGCACUUGCUGCUCGCCGGCCUGGCCAAUCCACAACAGAAGCUGCGCCUCAAGCUGCGAACGCUUGGCGUGCUGGACAAUGCGUUGAUCGAAGUGUCGCGUUACGCCUACAAUCGUUCCUCCUUUCGGCCGCAGGGCCGUCAGGGCAUCAGAUAUGCUCCUGGUGCCAUUGUUAUCUUUCGCAUCAGUCAAGCGCUGGACGUGUCCAAUGCCUUUGGGCUUUCGGUCUAUGAGCUGGAUGCCGAGGGCCAGCUGCCCUUGGGCGAGGCUUAUAUACUGCCCGAGCAGCUGCGUGGCAGUCGCGGCAUUCUGCAGCUGGCCAUACAGGGUCAGGUCACACAGCAGGUCAUAGGUCAGCUAACGUUGCCCUAUCUGGUUGUGCGACCCAUGCCAAAUGCAGCCAGCAGCAAUUUGCGCUUUAGCUUUCAACGCUACUGGCCCAACAAUUGGCCCACCUUAGACGUAGGCAAUCGUGGACUGGGCAGCAGCCAUCAGGCCAUCGUGGAGAACACUAUUGAAAGCUAUUUGGCUGUGACCCGUGCCAAGGGCGAUAUGGUGCACCUGGAUGUGCAGCUGACCAGAGACUACGUUCCGGUCAUUUGGCGGGGCUUUGGCUUCUAUACCACCAGCCGGACGAACACACAGCCCGUUGAGGAUCGCUUUGAUUUGCGCUAUGUUCUCAUACAGGAACUCAGCUAUGCAGAGCUCAAGGCGAGUCGUGUCUUCAUCCUGAAGAGAUGGACUUUGCAGGAGUACACACAUCUGAAUGUGCGCAAUGUGAGCCAGAUGCAGCGACUGUUUCCCAAAUUGAGCGAGGUGUACGAGGCGCUGCCCAAGACACUUGGCCUGGUCGUAGGAGUCAAGUGGCCGCAGCUGAUGGUCUCUGGCGAUUUGGAAUCAACGCAGGCGCUAAACAAAAAUGUGUUUGUGGACAGAAUAUUGGAGGUGACAGCGCAUUAUGGCUGCGGACGUCCUCUGAUCUUUACCAGCUUUGAUGCCGACAUAUGCACCAUGAUGCGACUGAAGCAAACGGCCUUUCCCGUUAUGCUGAUGACCACGGGCCGCACGGACAUUUGGGAUGCCUACAUGGAUCUGAGAACACAAACAUUUCUGCAGGCCGUCAACUUUGCCGAGAGCGCCGAGCUGCUCGGCACAGCUGCACAUGUCCAAAACUUUGAGCAGAGACAAAAGCUGGUGGAUUUGGGCCUCGAUCUAAUGCAGGUCGUCUUCAUUUGGGGCAGCGAUCUGCAGGAUGCGCAGCAGUUGGAGCUGUUCCGUGCCAUCGAUGUGACUGGCCUGAUCUACGAUCGCAUUGAUCGUGUGGGUCCAGCCAAUUGGAAGCGUGCGCCCUUCUUCCAAGCGCCCCAGCUGCUGGAGGUGUUCGGUGGCCAAUGCGUGGCCAUUGGCAACUCGACAACGGUGCCGGGCGCCAAGCCAACAAAGCCAACGGUCUGGCCCAAAAUGAGAAAAUGA